AUGAUUCAGCGUUCGGAAGAGCCUUCCUCCGUUGAGAAGCCCUUCUCUACCGGCGCAGACAUGGAUAAAAACUCGACCCAUCGAAACAUCAAGUCCCGCCACACGCAGAUGCUCGCCAUCGGAGGCACCAUUGGCACCGGCCUCUUCGUUGGCAUUGGCCAAGCUCUCGCUAUCUCCGGGCCUCUCAACAUCUUCCUAGCCUAUACGGUCAUCUGCUGCUUCGUCUAUGGAGUUAUGACAGCUACGUGCGAGGUCAACACCUACAUGCCCCUGCCUGGCUCGUCCAUGGCUUCAUAUGGCACAAGAUACGUCUCGAAGAGCCUUGGCUUCGCUAUGGGCUGGCUCUACUGGUACUCUUUUGGCAUUCUGUUUGCAUACGAGAUCACUGCGGCAGCUCUGGUUAUUAACUAUUAG